UUUCGAAAAAACGUAAUUAAGUCCUCUGACGGGAAAAAACGAAAUGACUUUCCGAACAACCUUAUAUUUUCAUGAGUCUAAUUGAUUAUGAAAUUUACAGUCUAGUUAGAUUGCAAGCUGCAUCUUUGCUUGAGAGCCAAGUGUGUGUGAUAAUUAGACAUUGCUUUGUCCAUGACUGAUUUUUUGUUAUAUAAAGUUUAAGUCAUUUUUAUUUGAAUUUUGUUGUGGCAUUGCUUAGUCUAAACCGAUGACUUAUUCAAAAGAUGAUUCCAAUCUUUGGAAACAUUAUUAGAACCCAAAAUUUUCAAAAUAGAAAACACAACGUUCGAGAAUUGUAGCACUUUUGAGCUAACCUGUAUAAUAUCGAAAUCAUUUUAAAAAGUAUUUUACUGUUAUAGUCAAGUGACUUUUUAAAGUAUAUAUAAAAAGUAACCCCUUACAAAACAAACGGAAACCAGAAACCACAGCCAAACGGACGGUAUAGAAAAUACUUAGAAGAUUUCUUCGAGGACGUAUUGCUACAACAGGAGGAUGCCUCAGUGCUUUGUCGAAACUUGCGGAAACUAUUAUGGGAAAACUCGAGGAAACUCGAAAAUUAUCUACCACAUGUUGCCCGCCGAUGCCGCAAUGGCAGCAAAAUGGAUCCGGACGUGCGGGAAACCUAACGGCGUCGCAAACUCUUACGUCAGGGUGUGCAGCGAGCACUUUUCCGAAAAGUGUUACCAGCGCGAUCUUCAGCACGAGCUUCUAGGUCUGCCUCUGAGGAGAAAACUGAAAGCUGGAGCGGUUCCGGACAAAAACCUUCCUCCGAAGAGGCCGCCCAAACCGAAAGAUCUUCAUGGCGAUGUUUCAACGAAACCCGAUGAUUUUCAAGCGACAGCUACGUCGACUCCGGUCAAGGAGUACCGCAACAAAAUCUACGAAAACUUUAAAAUGCGCGGAAAAAUCACGGACGACGUCCUCAGAGAGAAGGAUAGUGCUGUCCCUAAACUUAACAACAAAAUGAAUCGGCUACCGAUGCGGUCCAGUAUUCGCAUCGCUAAGAAAAAAUCGAUAGAGUCGCUUAGCGACAGCUUCACCGAGAAGGUGAACAGUAAAGUGACGAAGGAGAACAAGCCGGAAAAAUUUACUGACAAGCUCAAAUUUAUGGCGAAGCUGCAGCUGAGAUUCGAACGGAACGAGCAUUUUCCGGUAACGCUACCCAAGUACAACAUGGAGCUGUCGCUGCGCAAGAUGGCGGACGGUCACAGGUACGUACCAAUUGCGUCAAACUUCUCGCGGUCUUAUUGCGAGAUUACGACAAAGAAAAAGAAACUUCGAACGAAUCUCGCCAUGCCACAGAGUUGCGGAACGUCCGCCGAGUUAAUUAACGUCGAUAUUUCUGGGCAUCAUCUCCAUCGAGCGUCGGGAAGCCUUGAACCCCCGGUGUCUAUGUGGCACGAGGCCAACGGAACGCGGCGCUGCUGCGACCUCUACGUGACUUUCGCGGACCGUGGACCGAGUUGGCUUUGGGAUUUUUUUCGUCUCGUCUGUUUCGUUUAUUUGUCGCCGUGA